GCUGAAGUUUGAAUACUAAACCCAUUUUUUUUCUUUCUUAAUUUUGCAUUUGGCAACUUCUCAUCAUCGCAUCAGAUAAAUCUUUAACUGAGCGUUAUGCUGAUGUAAUUUUUCCGAGGAAAGUUAGAAACUCACUGGCUUCUGUCGUGGAAAGUGUCCGGAGAGGGGUUGAGAUGGGUUCUGGAAGGAUCAAAAUCAACUUACACUCUGCCCGUAACAAGUCAGAAAAGAAAAUUCUUGAUCCACGGGGAUCUUUCCUUCAAAACUGGAACAAAAUAUUUCUCCUAUUCUGUAUAAUAGCUGUGGCACUGGACCCUCUUUUCGUCUACAUCCCAGUGGUUGUGAAUGACAAAACCCGAAGAUGCCUCAACCUGGAUAAAGAACUGGGAAUCAUUGCCUGUGUCCUUCGUACAUUCAUGGAUGCCUUCCAUAUAAUUCACAUGAUCUUUCAAUUCCGAACCGGCUUCAUUGCCGCUUCUUCUAGAGUCUUUGGUACGGGUGAGUUGAUUGUUAAUCCUCGGACUAUUGCAAAGAGGUACUUGUUCACAUACUUCAUCAUCGACGUCCUGUCAAUUCUUCCACUUCCACAGCUUGUAAUUUUGGUUGUCCCUUCAUUGAAAGGCCUGCCGGUUGCAUUAGUAACGAAGGAGUCGUUAAGAUACAUUAUUAUCUGUCAAUAUGUGCCGAGAAUUGUUCGAAUUGCUCCCCUUUAUAUGGUGGUUUCAAGAACUUCAGGCAUUGUCUCGGAAACUGCUAGGACUCGAGCUGCUUUGAAUCUAUUGCUCUACAUGCUAGCCAGCCAUGUUCUAGGGGCCAUCUGGUACUCGCUUUCAGUAGAAAGACAAGUCUGGUGUUGGGGUAAGGUUGCUAGGAUAUAUAGGCGUGACCGACGUCUUUUGUACUGUAAUGAUGAUAAAGACCCUAGACGAACCGAUAAUUCAUCAAACCCUGAUUGGCUACCUCUCCUGAAUACUUACUGCCCUUUGAUCAAUCCUGAUGAUACAAAUUCAACAGUCUUGAAUUUUGGAAUAUUUAUUGAUGCACUCCAGUCAGGGAUUGUGGAAUCUAGGGAUUUCCCUAAAAAAUUCUGUUACUGCUUCUGGUGGGGUCUGCGUAAUCUCAGCUCUCUAGGGCAGAAUCUGAAAACAAGCACUUUUGCUGGGGAGAAUAUCUUUGCUGUUGUCAUUUCCAUUGCUGGACUGGUUUUGUUUGCAUUACUUAUUGGCAACAUGCAGCGUAAAUGGCAAGAAACCAGAGGGGUUGAAGAAGAGAGUCUAAUUAGUUGCCUUCCAAGAGGUCUCAGGCAAGACAUAAAGCGUCAUCUUUGCUUGGAUUUGCUCAAAAGAGUACCCAUUUUUGAGACAAUGGGUGAGCAGACGUUGGAUUCAAUGUGUGAUCGUCUCAAGGCGGUACUUUACACCGAAAAAAGCUACAUUGUCAGGGAGGGGGAACCGGUGGAGGAGAUGCUGUUUAUAAUGCGAGGAGAUUUGGCCAGCACUAUCACCAACGGCGGAAUAACUGGCUUCUCCAAUGCUGUUAAUCUCAAACCCGGUGACUUUUGUGGACAAGAACUUCUUAAUUGGGCCUUGGAUCCUCAGUCCUCCUCUCAUCUACCCAUCUCCACCAGAACCCUACAGGCUUUUUCCGAAGUCGAGGCCUUUGCUCUGUUAGCUGACGAUCUCAAGUUCGUUGCCUCCCAGCACCGGCAUCUGCUCAAUAGCGAACAGCUCCAGCACAAUUUCAGAUUCUACUCCGUGCAGUGGAGGACAUGGGCAGCCAGGUUCAUACAGGCAGCCUGGCGGCGGUACUGCGGGAGGAAGUUUCUUAAGUCGUUACGGAAAGAGGAAGCUAGGCUGCUGAAUGCUCUGGCUGAUAAGUCCGGCGUGAUCGUUGGCGCCUCGAUUUACGUGUCAAGAUUUGCAGCCAAUGCGUUGCGAAACUUGCGACGGGAUGAGGCUCCGACCCCCAGAAUACCAGAGUGGCUGCCGCUGCUGCCUCAGAAGCCUGCGGAGCCUGAUUUUACUGCUGAUCAAGACCACUAAAUGUUAAUUCUCUGUUUUUUCAAUUUUCUGUUUCAUAUGUGCUUGGAUAAAUUUGGAAGAAUCUGUAUAAUGUUCUGCUUAGUUUAAUGGCUUAAUGUAAACAUGUUUGUUCAUCUCAAGAAUUUCCAGAAGGAAAAGAAAAAAAGAAGUUAUUU